AGCUCCAUCGUCGCCUUCCGUGGCCUUGCCGAGAGGUGGUGGGUUUUUGCGGGGUCACGGCUUCCUUGGGUGGAUCACGACGCCUUGUGUGCGGCACACCAGAUAAUAAAAGGAGCAGUCAUUUGGAUACCUGCGGUACAAUCAUUCCGGUACAACAAGUUGAAGUGCACUGCAGCAGCACUAUCCUGGCACUUUUGGCAGUCCACGCUAUCUAGCGUAGCAGAUAGUGCUGGGUUCAUGUUCGCGCAGAUGUAGGCAUCCAUCCGCGCGCGAAUCCAUGCGCAAAAGGAUAAUUGUGUAGCAACGGCUGCUCAAUCGAUUUGCGACCUUUCGACGGUGGUCUUACCACAGUAGAUAGAUAUGGCGGCGAAGAGCGACACGGUCGAGGUGCUCGAGGACAGUUUGGGCGAGCCCGAUGUGAAGGUCAUUCUACUCGGCGACUCGGCCGUGGGCAAGUCGAAGCUGGUCGAACGCUUCAUGAUGAACGAAUACCAACCACGGCAGCUGUCAACUUUUGCCUUGACGCUGUUCCGCAAGGAGGUGGGGCUGGACGGCGAGAACGGCAAGCGCACGGUGAAAGUUGACUUCUGGGACACUGCUGGCCAAGAGCGGUUCUCCAGCAUGCACCCGUCGUACUACUACGGAGCAACAGCGUGCAUCUUGGUUUUCGAUGUCACGCGCAAGGUGACGUACCAGAAUCUGGCCAACUGGUACAAGGAGCUGCGCGAAUACUGCGAGAAUAUCCCGUGCUUUCUCGUUGCCAACAAGAUCGACGUCGACAUGAACGUCACCAGCAAAAAGUUUAAGUUCGCCGAGACGCACAAUCUCGAGUUCAGUUUCGUCUCAGCCGCCGACGGCACGAACGUUGUCAAGGUGUUCAAAGACGCAGUUGAAGCUGCCUAUAAAUUCAAGCGCGAGGGUGGCGACUUCAUGUCCGAUGUACUCGAUCUGCUUGGAGAAGACGCAAAUCAAUUGCCAAGCACGCAAAAUUCGUAG